AUGGCCACACUUUCAGCUAAAUGGACCAACGUUCUACUCUGCCUUGCGCUGCUGCUUCUCCUGUUACUCGGAGACGCUGAUGCAGGCGGUGAAGGCUCCUGUGAGGAAGAAGAAGGCGACAGCUGUCGGAACAAGGACGAGGCGCUGAAGCUCCGGAUAGGCGGCAUCUUCCUCAUCCUGGCAGCCGGCGCAGUUGGUGUCUGCAUUCCCAUUGUGGGCAAAUCGUUUUCCCUUCUCUCUGCAGGGAGCAGCGGCUUCUUCGUCGUGAAGGCGUUCGCCGCCGGAGUCAUUCUAUCCACAGGCAUGGUACACGUUCUUCCGGACGCCUUCGACAGCCUUGGCUCGCCGUGCCUGAAGGAGAAUCCGUGGGCCAAGUUUCCCUUUGCCGGUUUCAUCGCCAUGAUGGCAGCACUGGGAACGCUCAUGUUGGAGACGGGCGCCAUGAGUUACUACAAGAGGGUUGAGAGCAGAAGGGCCGCUCCGCCGGCCGCCAUUAAUGGAGGAUCGGGUGCAGACCUUGAAGACAAUGGAGCCGGAGGGGAGGUGCACGUUCACACACAUGCCUCCCACAGUCACGCACAUGGCCCUCACAUUGGUGGCGCUGAAUCUGAAACAAUGCGCCAUAGAAUCAUUUCUCAGGUGUUAGAAUUGGGCAUCAUCGUUCACUCUGUGAUCAUCGGGAUCGCCAUGGGGGCUUCUGAAAGUCCGUGCACCAUCAAACCUCUAAUGGCUGCCCUGAGUUUUCAUCAAUUCUUUGAAGGAAUGGGUCUUGGUGGAUGCAUAGUUCAGGCAAGCUUUACAAGUACCUUUGAAUUCCGGCAAAUUGCUCAAAGAAACUCUAUUGAUGGACAGGCAAGGUUCAAGUUCAGCUCUUCGGCUUUGAUGGUCCUUUUCUUCUCGCUUACUACUCCAAUUGGAAUAGCAGUGGGCAUAGGGAUAUCAUCUACAUACAAUGAGGGCAGUGUGACCACGCUCAUUGUCCAAGGUUGCUUCAAUGCAGCAUCUGCUGGAAUACUCAUCUACAUGUCUUUGGUUGAUCUCCUCGCUGCCGAUUUUUCCACCCCUAUGAUGCAGAGCAGCGUCAAGCUUCAGAUCAUCACCAACAUCUUCCUCCUCCUUGGCGUUGGCCUCAUGUCUCUCAUUGCUAAAUGGAACUGAAAGAAGGGCCUAUGAAAGGGAAGCCAAAGGUCACUGUUGACACCGUCCUUUAGCGGAAAGGACUAGUUGUGCUUUGAAAUUGACCACAUUGUUUUUCUCUAAGUCACAUUUGUGUUGCUUCCUUGUUCUGGUUGUGGAAUUGCAAGAGU